AUGGUCGGAGGGAGGCUGGGAGAGUGUGUAGGACUUGAUGAGGAGGUUAUCAAGAAAGCCUGUAAUCUGGCCAUGAAAGCUCAUCAUAGCCUCAUCAAAUCUGCUGCUGAUCAGAAGCCGUAUCUUUGUGAAAGGAGCCGUGGGUCCAAAGAAGCCAUUUUUGCCUUUCCUGGAACAUGGUCUGUGGGUGAUUGGUUUUCUUCAGGAAAGCCUUUUGGUGAAACCAAGGUUAAUGCUUCUUUGUUUCCAUCUCUCAAAAGCAUUGGCAUGGAUGAACCAGCUGCUGUAAAUGAAGCCUUUUCUUGCAGAUUUGAACAACUUUUAGGCAUAUCUCAGUUGGAAAGAGAGGUGGAAAAAGCUACCAUGGAGAGAAAGAAAGUAGUUUUUACAGGACACUCAUCAGGAGGUCCAAUUGCCAUGUUAGCAGCUCUGUGGGUUCUUGAAAAGGGCAUGAUACAGAAAAGUAACCUAGCACCGCCUUUCUGUGUCACUUUUGGAGCCCCUCUAGCUGGUGACAGAAUUUUUUCACAUGCGCUUAGACGGGAAAACUGGGAUCAAUACUUCAUACAUUUUGUCACAAGGUAUGACAUCAUACCACGAGUUCUGCUUGCUCCUGUCUCAUUGAUUGAACGAGACUUUCAACAGAUCCUCCCUCACCUGUGCCCAAAAUCUCCACAAGUUCACUCAGGAUCUAUCGAUUUGUCCAGUAAUCCUACAUCUUUCUUCAUGACUGUCAUGAGGAAUGCAUCAGCUGUGGCUAGCCAUGCUGCUUGUCACCUCAUGGGAUGCACAAAUUUGUUGCUCGAAACUGUAUCAAGUUUUGUCGAACUUAGUCCAUAUAGACCUUUUGGGACUUAUGUCUUUGGUUCUCAAAAUGGACAGUUGUUGGUGGUUCAAAAUCCAGAUGCUGUCCUGCAAAUGUUGUUCUACUCAGCUCAGCUGAGCUCUGAAACAGAAAUGGCUGACAUUGUACGUAGAAGCUUAACUGAGAGUUUGGCAUAUGAAAAUUGUUUGCAGGAUUGCUUAGAAAUGCAACAUGUUGUCUGUUUGAGCAAUCUUGUGGACCUUCCUUUAUCCUCAAAUGCUUGCACAAGCAAUGAAGCCCUGACUUUGAAUGCUAUCCUCAAUGAGUUUGGACUGGGCUCAAGAGCAAGACUCAGUCUUCGUGCAGCCGGCGAGUUAGAGAGACAGAAAAUGAAAAACCAAGUCAAUAUUGAUGGUAACAAGGAUAUCAUAAGAAAAGGGCUAAAUGAGAUACAGGCAUAUCAGAUGAAAUGCGAAGUGCGAAAAGUCGGUUACUAUGAUGCUUUCAAGCUUCAGAAAGAUGUAAAUGAUUUCAAUGCAAAUGUCAAGAGGCUGGAACUAGCUGGAAUAUGGGAUGAAACCAUCGAAAUGCUACAAAGAUGUGAACUCCCAGAUAGCUUCGAAGGUCGGAAAGAGUGGAUAGAACUUGGAACCCGGUUUAGGAGGCUUGUUGAGCCUCUGGAUAUUGCUAACUACUAUAGGCACUUGAAGCAUGAAGACACGGGUCCUUACAUGAUGAGAGGAAGGCCGAAACGCUACAGAUUCACCCAAAGAUGGCUAGAACAUGCUGAGAGAAUUCCCCCAAAUUCUAUCUCAGAAUCAUGUUUCUGGGCUGAGGUGGAGGAACUUAAAGCAUUGCCAAUUGAGGAUAUGAAGGAGAGACUUGUUUCUUUGGAGAAACAAACUUUGAAAUGGACAAGCAAUGGGGAUCUGAGCAAAGAUGUGUUUUUGGAAGAAUCAACCUUUGCUAAAUGGUGGAAAAAUCUCCCUGCAAAACAUCUUUCUGAGUCUUGUAUUGCUGUCUACAUGACUUAUUAG